AUGCUGCGGUACUGGGGUGAGAUCCCGGUGUCCUCUAGCCAGGCCAACCGCAGCUCCUUUGACCUGCUGCAGCGUGAGUUUCGUACUGUGGAAGUCCAGGACCCUCCGCUGCACCAGCCAUCUGCAAACAAACCCCGGCCAACCACCAUGUUAGACAUCCCCUCCGAGCCCUGCAGCCUCACCAUCCACACCAUCCAGCUCAUCCAGCACAACCGGCGGCUGCGCAGCCUCAUCGCCAUGGCUCAGGCUCAGAACCAGCAGCAAGCAGAGGGCAUAAAAACUGAAGAGAAUGAACCUUUGCCAUCUUGUCCGGCCUCUCCGCCUCUCCCUGAUGACCUGCUUCCUCUGGAUAGCAAAACCCCCAAAAUGCCAUUUCAGUUGAGGCACAGUGACCCAGAGAGUGAUUUCUACAGAGGAAAAGGGGAGCCAGUGACUGAGCUGAGUUGGUCCUCCUGCCGGCAACUUCUCUACCAGUCAAUGGCCACCAUCCUGGCUCACACAGGCUUUGAGUGUGCCAAUGAGAGUGUCCUGGAGACCCUGACAGACAUUGCCCACGAGUACUGCUUGAAGUUCACCAAACUGCUGCGCUUUGCUGUGGAUAGAGAAGCUCGGCUUGGGCACACUCCUUUCCCUGAUGUCAUGGAACAGGUCUUCCAUGAGGUGGGCAUUGGCAGUGUGCUCUCGCUGCAGAAGUUCUGGCAACACCGGAUUAAGGAUUAUCACAGCUACAUGCUUCAGGUUAGCAAGCAGCUCUCUGAAGAAUACGAGAAGAUUGUCAACCCUGAAAAGGCAGCAGAAGACACAAAGCCUGUGAAGAUUAAGGAGGAACCUGUUAGUGAUAUUACUUUCCCCAUAAGUGAGGAGCUGGAAGGAGAUCUGGCAUCUGGUGACCAGUCUUUGCCUGUUGGAGUCCUUGGAGCUCAGAGUGAGCGCUUCUCUACCAACUUGGAAGUAGAAGCUUCCCCGCAGACUUCAGGGGCUGAGGUGAAUGCUUCCCCACUCUGGAACUUGGCACAGGUGAAAAUGGAACCACAGGAAAACGAGGAGGCCAAUGUACAUGGCCACGGGGUCCUAGGCAGUGAUGUCUUUGAGGAACCAAUGUCAGGCAUGAGUGAAGCCGGGAUGCCACAGAGCCCCAAUGGCUCUGAGAGCAGCUACGGUUCUCAUUCUGCUGACAGUCUCAUGGGAUCCUCACCUGUCUUCAACCAACGCUGCAAGAAAAAGUUGAAGAAGAUGUGA